AUCAAGUUUCGGAACAUGUGUAAAUGAACUUUUACUUGCUUUCUCCUCUAUCAAUUGAAUAAAUCUUUACUUUUGUUUAAUUAUUGAUAACUAGUAUGGCCAGCUGACGAUGAAUUUCACCCAAUUUGUAGUUCACAUGUUUUGAUUAAUUUUUUCUUCAAUUUUUGGUCUGUUUCGUAUGGCAGGAAGUGCAUUUUGGAAAUUAGCUUCAAAAUUGUCGAGGGUUUUAGGCUAAUCGGGGAAUCUUCUUCUUGAACAGAUUGAGAGCUUUACUUGUGCAAGCGUAAAGGUUAUCGAGAAAUGGAUGGGAAUGCCUCUGGUGAGGACUAUGAGAAUAUUGAUUGGGAUACCGAAGAUGAACUUGAAAUCCAAAACAUAGUCCCAUCGACUUGUUCAAAUUUGGUAACUCGGAAUGCAUCUAUUGUUGGUAAUGGGGAGGCGAGCUCAUCGGCAGGCCCUUCAAACCCCAAUUUGCUUCAGCAUUUUCUAGGGAUGGGGUUCUCGGAACAAUUGAUUGUAAAAGCAAUUAAAGAAAAUGGGGAGGCCAACACGGAAUCGAUACUUGAAUCUCUACUUACGUACGCGGCACUUGAAGACUCUCCCGAUGAACUCAACCCGUGUCAUCUCAACUCUCCUCAGCAACAACAAUGUGUAGAUAAUGGUCAAUUGUCUUCCGACUAUGAUGAGAGCUUUCUUGACGAUAUCUCUGAGUCGGAUAGUUGGUCCGGUAGUGAAGUAGCCGAAAUUGAUAGUUCGUUACCUGAACAUGAGAAAGCAUUAUUGUCCUUAGCAAAUAUGGGGUAUACGGUAGAAGAGGCUUCAGCAGCCGUGGCUAGAUGCGGUCCCGAAGCCACGAUUGCAGAACUAACUGAUUUUAUUGGUGCCGCUCAAAUGGCAAAGACGGAAGAUGUCUUCUUUGAGGAGGAGAAACCGAAGAUCUCGAUUGGCGCAAAUGGGGGACUUAAAAAGAGGAAAUUGUACGAGCUUGAACUUUGGAAAAGAAAGAAGCGUAAAGGUCUGAUAAACGAAGAGGACGAUGUUCUUCGUCUUCCGAACCCGAUGAUCGGGUUUGGUGUCCCUACCGAUACUAUGGUGGUAACUCAUAGAACGCUCCCAGAAGCCGCCAUUGGACCUCCGUUUUUCUACUAUGAAAACGUUGCAUUAGCUCCAAAAGGAGUUUGGGACACCAUUUCUCGCUUCCUUUAUGACGUUCAGCCGGAGUUUGUUGACUCUAAGUACUUCUGUGCGACUGCAAGAAAACGAGGAUACGUUCAUAAUCUCCCGAUCCAUAACAGAUUCCCGCUUCUUCCUCUUCCUCCGCGGACUAUAAAUGACGCAUUACCGUUGACAAAAAGGUGGUGGCCGGAAUGGGAUAAACGAACGAAACUCAACUGCUUACAAACUGUUAUCGGAAGUGCCAAAUUGACGGAUAGGAUCCGGAAGGCUCUAGAAAAGUGGGGUGAUGAUCCACCACUGCAUGUGCAGAAGUAUGUUAUCGAGGAAUGCCGGAAGUGGAACUUGGUAUGGGUAGGGAAGAACAAGCUUGCGCCAUUGGAGCCCGAUGAGUUCGAAAUGUUGUUGGGAUUUCCGAGAAACCAUACGAGAGGAGGAGGUAUAAGUAGGACGGAUAGAUACAAAUCGCUUGGCAACUCAUUUCAGGUAGAUACAGUAGCGUAUCAUCUCUCUGCACUGAAGGACAUGUUUCCAAACGGUUUAAACUUGCUGUCUCUCUUCUCGGGCAUCGGAGGUGCCGAAGUUGCUCUCCACAGACUCGGGAUUCCUCUGAAAAACGUGGUCUCGGUCGAAAUCUCGGAAGCUAAUCGAGACAUCGUCAGGAGUUGGUGGGAACAAACCAACCAAAAAGGUAACCUCAUUCACUUGGCCGACGUUCAACAACUUAACGGUGACCGGCUCGAACAAUUCAUGGGUUCGUUUGGCGGGUUUGAUCUCAUUGUCGGUGGCAGUCCGUGCAAUAAUCUCGCGGGCAGUAACAGGGUUAGCCGAGACGGACUCGAAGGCGAACAAUCGUCGCUAUUUUACGAUUAUUUUCGUAUCCUUGAUCUAGUUAAAUGCAUCAUGAAUAAACAACAAUGAUUCAUUCUUCAAAGGGCUAAACUCAGAUUGAUGCUUAGAUUGAUGAACCCUUUUUAUGUGUUGAUUUAGAUUUGGUAGUUCUAUUUGAAGUUUGAACCAUUUGGAAGAAAUAACCAAAAAAUUAUUGACUUUUCUCUCC